AGAAACGCGGAUUGGAACGAAUGGCGGACUUCUUCGGGUUCCUGAACGCGGCGCUGCCGCUGUUGGGACUGCUGACCUUGCCCGGCACGGACGACCUUCUGGACUUCUCCGUCAGAAGUUCCAUGGACUCCCGCUACCAUUAUGUCGUAGUGGGAGCGGGAUCGGCCGGAGCCACCUUGGCAAAUCGUCUGUCUCGAGAUCCGUCCAUUAAAGUUCUGUUACUGGAGGCGGGAGAGGCGCCCAACUAUGUCAGUGAGAUUCCCCUGUUCGCGGCGGAACUGCAGCUGACCAAAUACGACUGGAGGUAUCGGACCAGCAAACAGAAGAAUGCCUGCUACGGCAUGACCCAGGGGAGAUGUCGGAUGCCCCGGGGCAAAGUGCUGGGAGGCAGCAGCAUUCUCAAUUAUAUGUUGUACAUUCGAGGCAACAGGAACGACUACGACCGAUGGCAGGCGGCGGGAUGCGACGGAUGGAGCUGGAACGACGUCUUUCCCUACUUCCUCAAGUCGGAGGACAACAGAGACGCCGACAUACUGCGAAACGGCUAUCAUCGGGCGGGAGGAGAACUGACCGUCUCUCGACCGCCUUACCUAUCGCCCCUGUCCCGGGCCUUCGUGGCUGCCGGGGAGGAACUGGGAUACCCGGAGACGGACCCCAACGGACCCACUCAGAAAGGAUUUGUAAUGCCUCAGGGAACGGUGAGGAACGGAUCGCGCUGUAGCACCGCCAAGGCGUUCUUACUUCCCGCCAGAAACAGGAGUAAUUUACAUAUCGUCACCUCGGCUUUCGUCACCAAGGUACUUUUCGACAGUAGGAAGAGAGCCAGAGCGGUGCAAGUGGAUCAUCACGGCAUGAAUCACGUGAUACUAGCCGAAAACGAGAUCAUCCUGUCCGCCGGAGCCAUUAACACACCUCAACUGCUGAUGCUGUCGGGUAUCGGACCCCGUCGUGACCUGGAUCGCCUAAAAAUUCCCGUUUUGGCCGAUCUGCUGGUGGGAUACAACUUACAGGACCACAUCGGAGCAUCGGGCAUCCACUUUACCAUCGACGCUCCGUAUUCGGUAGUCAGAACCAGAAUUAUGGAAAAGGAUCAUCUCAACGAAUUCCUCAAACAACGCAAAGGUAUGCUGACCAUGCUGGGCGGAGUCGAAGGUUUGGCAUUCGUCGACACUCCUUACGCCAACAAAUCGGCAGAUUGGCCCGACAUCGAAAUCCACUUCGUGUCCAGCAGCCCUUCUUCCGACGGAGGUCUGACCAUUAAGAGGGUGAUGGGCCUUAACGAAAAGGUGUGGAAGAAGUUUUACUUGCCUUAUUUGUACAGAGAGAGUUUUUCGGCUUUUCCCAUUCUGCUACGACCCAAGAGCAGAGGAUUUGUUAAAUUGAAAUCGACCAAUCCUUACGAUCCUCCCGUCAUCGAUCCUAAAUAUCUGUCUCAUCCGGACGAUCUCAAAGUCAUCAUCGAAGGAAUGAAGCUGUGCAAAGCUCUGGGAUUCACCUCGGCCUUUAAGAAGUUCGGUUCGAAAAUAUUCGAUGCGCCUUUUCCCGGAUGCGAAAAGUACCAGAGGUGGAGCGACCAGUACCUAGCCUGCAUGGCUCGAGUUUACACCGUCUCCAUCUACCAUCCAGCCGGAACCUGCAAGAUGGGAAAUCUCUCCGAUCCCACCGCCGUGCUGGACCCCCAACUCAGGUGAGGUCGAGUCUCCGUCAAAGCCGGUCGCUAUUUAUAAACGUCCGACCACUACAUGCCGGAAAAAGGUUAAUUCUUUACGUAUUGAUCCAUUUCUUUGACUUACUUUCUUCGUUACUAAAAA